AUGAACCAUUCAAAAGAUCUAUAUAAAGUACUUGGAGUAGAUAAGAAAGCUUCUAAUACUGAAAUCAAAGCCGCCUACAAAAAGUUAGCCAUGAAGUACCAUCCAGAUAGACAUAUCAAAAAGUCCGAAGCAGAACAAAAGAAGAUGCAAGAGUGUUUUAAAGAGGUUAAUAAUGCUUAUGAAGUCUUAUCUGAUAAGGACCGCCGAUCUCUCUAUGAUUUGACUGGAUCUACUGAUGCAUCUGCUGGUGCUAACUUUGGAGGGUUUGGUGCUGGUCAAUCAGGAAGUAGUUUCUUUAAACAAGCUGGAUUUGGUGGUGAUGGCUUCCACUUUGCCUUUGAUGGGGCUGGUAAUGGCCAGAACUUCAUGCAUGGUGGAAUCUUUGAAUCUUUUGGACGAAUGUUUGAUGGGGGAGAUAUGGGUGGUUUUGGUGGUGGGACAAGAUCUAAGCAAUCGACGGCUCCUAAUGCUAUCUCGGAGUAUAAGUUAGUUGUUAGUUUAGAGGAGAUCUGUAAAGGAGCAACUAGGACUUUAAGGAUUAAUAAGAGACUGCGUAAUGGUGCGACUACUACUAAUGAGGUAGUGGUUAAUAUCUUACCUGGAUAUAAGCCGGGUACUAAGAUUACGUUUAAUAAUGCUGGUGAUGAAUUUGCUGAUGGCCGUGGCACGGACUUAGUUGUUAUUUUAGUGGAGAAACCUCAUGCUUUAUUUAAGAUAUCUGGAUCAGAUCUAGUUUAUGAAUUUGAGAUACCGUUGAAAGAAGCCUUAUCUAAUCCUAAAAAGCACGUAGUAGGUUUACUUGGGAACAUGAUUGAGAUAGAUAGUGUGGUGCUGGGGAUGAGAAUGGAGGGGGGAAUAAUUGAUGGGGAAGGACUACCCGAUCGAACUCGUGGAGGACGUCGUGGUAAUUUGAUUGUUAAGCCAAGAUUGGUGCUUGAUUUGACUUAUCAAGAAAGAGAGGCUAUUAAAAAGGUUCUUAUGUAG